AGAAAGACUCGAGCGACGUGUGCAGAAUAAACAUGGAGCCAAAAAAUUCUGGUUCGCUUCAGGAGCAGGCUCUGAAGAGAAAGGAGAGGCUAAAAGCACUGAGAGAUAAAAAGCUUCACGGCAGAGAGCAGGAAGACGAAGAGCCAGAAGCCAAAAAAGCAGCAAUAGAGGAGAACACAGAAGAGAAGCACAGAGAUUUGAGAUUAAGGAAUUAUACUCCAGAGGAUGAAGAACUGAAGGUGAGGCAGGUGCCCAAAGUCAAACCUGCAUCAGUGGAAGAUAAAGUAAAAGAUCAGUUGGAAGCAGCUAAUCCAGAGCCCGUCAUUGAAGAAGUGGAUUUGGCCAAUCUUGCCCCAAGGAAACCAGACUGGGACCUAAAGCGUGACGUGGCAAAGAAGCUGGAGAAGCUGGAGAGGCGAACACAGAGAGCCAUCGCCGAGCUCAUCCGCGAUCGUCUGCGAGGCAGCGAGGAGGAGCUGGCUGGAGUGGUGGGAGCAGUCGGAGUGGAGCAGGGAGACUCGGACUGAAAACUAUUUAAGGAGGCAGCUGGUUUCGUUAUGAUUCUGUCAGUUAUUACAUACAUCCUGUAAAAAGUUUUGUUUUUUAUUAUAAAUAAAUUAAAAUAAUGCAUUUUUAAAUACUAA